GGGCGCGGGGGCCCUACGUCACGGCUGCCCCCCGUGGUAUUUACCUUCGAAAGUGGUGGCGGCUGCAGGUACCGGAGCAGUGGGGCGGCGGGGAGGGGCUAGCUCUACCAGGGCUCAGCGUCAAACCGAGGGGAUGUCCUGCCCCAUUCCCUCCUCCCAUACCCCACAGACAGUCAGGCAGACCCUCCCCGGUAGGAUUAGCCAUCCUCAUCUCCACCCUCAAUUCAAACCCUACUUUUGAGGAUUCGAGUCCUCGAAUUUUGAGCCCCAAAAUUUUGAACCCUGAGUGCUCAUCCUCAACCAUAAUCUCCCACUUUCAAGCUUCACCCCUAUUCUGGUACCUGAACUCCCAUCCUCAGCCCUGAAAACCCUAUUCUCAGCUCCUAGCCCUCACCCGCAGAUGGCUCCCCAAGCGACUCUCAAACGCAGCCCUUCCCCCGUUCGUGACCAAGCCCCAAACUCUCUUCCCACCACCCCCUCCCUCACCAUAUAUCCCCCUUCCUCUGCUCCGUCUGGGUCCAGGCCCUGUGCCCCGAAGACAUGGAGUUUGUGUCUGGAUACCGGGAUGAGUUCCUUGAUUUCACUGCCCUCCUCUUCGGCUGGUUCCGCAAGUUUGUGGCAGAGCGAGGGGCUGUGGGGGCCAGCCUUGAGGGUCGGGGGCGGCAGCUGGAGGCUCAGAUCAGAAGACUGCCCCAGGACCCUGCCCUUUGGGUGCUCCAUGUCUUGCCCAACCGUAGUGUGGGUAUCAGCCUGGGGCAAGGGGCAGAGCCAGGUCCUGGGUCAGGCCUGGGGGCUGCCCGGCUCCUAGGAGAGGAGCCCCCACUUCAUCUUCGAGACCUCAGCCCCUAUGUCAGCUUUGUCAGCCUGGAGGAAGGGGAGGAGGAGGAGGAAAAUGAGGAGGAGGAGAAAGGAGAGGAUGAGGGUGCAGGCUCAGAGAAGGUGGAACCAGAGGAGGCUGGGGAGCCAGCCACUACCAGCAGGGAGUCCCCCCAGGAAGCAAACCCUCCAGGGGAGCCAGAGGAGGCUGAGCAGGAGGCAGGAGGUGGUGAGGAUGGUUGCGGAGAGAACAGGGCAGAGGAUGAAACGGGACCCGAGAAGAGGAAGGGACAGAGAAGUGAGGCUGCCCCCCUGCACCUUUCCUGCCUCUUACUGGUGACAGAUGAACAUGGCACCAUCUUGGGCAUUGACCUACUAAUGGAUAGAGCUCAGGGGAGUGCAGACCGGAACUCAGGAACGGAGAACCUGGCUCCUCGGGCAUACGCUCUCCUCUGCCACAGCAUGGCCUGCCCCAUGGGAUCCGGGGACCCCCGAAAGCCUCGACAGCUUACUGUGGGAGAUGCCCGGCUACACCGAGAGCUGGAGAGCCUGGUCCCAAGGUUGGGAGUGAAGUUAGCCAAAACCCCAAUGCGGACAUGGGGUCCCCGGCCAGGCUUUACUUUUGCCUCCCUUCGGGCUCGAACCUGCCAUGUUUGUCACAAGCACAGCUUUGAAGUGAAGCUGACACCCUGCCCCCAGUGUAGCGCUGUCUUGUACUGUGGAGAGGCUUGUCUCCUGGCCGACUGGCGGCGAUGCCCAGAUGAUGUGAGCCACCGAUUCUGGUGCCCAAAGCUUGCAGCCUUCAUGGAGCGGGCAGGAGAGCUGGCAACUCUGCCUUUUACCUACACUGCAGAGGUGACCAGUGAAACUUUUAACAAGGAGGCCUUCCUGGCCUCUCGGGGCCUCACUCGUGGCUACUGGACCCAGCUCAGCAUGCUGAUUCCAGGCCCCGGAAUGCCCAGACGCCCCAGGGGCCACACUCCAUCCCUCAGCCUUCUUCUCAGCGGGGAUCCUUACCAGCUUCUCCAGGGGGAUGGGCCUACCUUGAUGCCUCCUGUGCCCCCAGAUCCACCCAGGAGUCUCUUUGGCUCAUGGCAGGAUUACUACACGUGGCGGGGCCUCAGCUUGGACUCCCCCAUGGCUGUGCUUCUCACCUACCCACUGACUGUGUACUACGUCAUCACCCACCUGGUGCCCCAGUCAUUCCCUGAGCUCAACAUCCAGAAUAAACAGUCUCUGAAGAUCCAUGUGGUGGAGGCUGGGAAGGAGUUUGAUCUUGUCAUGGUGUUUUGGGAGCUUUUAGUCCUGCUUCCCCAUGUGGCUCUGGAACUGCAAUUUGUGGGUGAUGACCUGCCCCCUGAGAGUGACCAGCAGCAUUUUACUCUGCAGAGGGAUGGUCCCGAGGUGUCUGUCCGCCCUGCUUCUGGAGUAUCAGCACGGCUCAGCUCUGGGACUAAGGAGAAGGGAGGCCGCAGGGACCUGCAGAUCAAGGUGUCAGCACGGCCCUACCACCUGCUUCAGGGGCCCAAGCCUGACCUGGUUAUCGGUGAGAGCCUAGGGCCCAGGGGUAGGUGGGGAAGCUGGGGGAGAAGCCUACCGUGGGAGCCAGCCUCUCCCUGCUGUCCUCCUGCAGGGUUUAACUCUGGCUUUGGUCUCAAGGACACGUGGCUGAGCUCUCUGCCCCGGUUACAGUCCCUCCGCGUGCCAGCCUUCUUCACCGAGAGCAGCGAGUACGGCUGUGUGAUGGACGACCAGACCAUGGCAGUGGCCACAGGAGGGGGCACCAGCCCUCCACAGCCCAACCCUUUCCGCUCCCCUUUUCGCCUCAGGGCGGCGGACAACUGCAUGCCCUGGUACUGCAACGCCUUCGUCUUUCAUCUGGUCUACAAGGCCGUGCAGGGCAGUGGGGCCCGCGCGGCGCCCGGCCCCGCGCCCCCGGCCCCGAUUCCUGCGGCUCCUCCAGCCCCCGCCAGAAGACGCCGAGGAGAGAAGAAGCCCGGACGGGGGCCCCGCCGGCGGAGAUGAGCGCUGAGAGAGUAGCAGGCCACCUGCUCCGCCGACAACGUUAGAUAGGAAAAGUGGAAAAGUGCUAGGCGGCGGGGGAGGGCUGGUUGGUGGAACACGAAAAGGUAAAUAAAAUUACUUGUUUGAAAUCUCUGAGUCAUUGAUCUUUUUUGAUUUUUGUUGUUGCCAGGUGCCGUGGAGUCGAUUGUGCAGAGUAGAACUGCUCCAUAGAGUUUUCAAGGGUGUGACCUUUGGAGGCAGAUCACCAGGCCUGUUUUCUGAAGCGGCUCUGGGUCGGUUCCAACUGCCAACCUUUCGGUUAAUAGUCUAGCCUGUAAAAGCCAAACGCUUAGCCGUUUGCGCCACUCAGAGAUCCCUUUUGAUCAUAUGCUCAAAACUGGAUCAUUAAACUGGAAAGUGAUGAAGAGGGAGAUAAGGAUUUAGGAACGAUUUACUUUCCUCCUGAGUCCCGGGACGGUGUAAACGGUUAACGAGGCACCUCAGAAGAAAGGCCUGGCAAUCUACUUCCCCCAAAUCAGCCAUUGAAAACCCUGUGGAACCUAGUUCUACUAUGACAUACAUGGGGUCGCCAUGAGUCGGCAUCCACUCGACAGCAACUGGCUUUACUUUCUCUAAGCCCCUUGCAGUCCCUCUGAUGCUGUCCUCUCUUUUGCUUGAGACUCCGACCCUCCUCGGUCGGUCCAAACCUUCCUUAAUUUUUAUGUCGAUAAGCCGUUUUCCAGCCCCAAUAACCCUCAGGGACCCACCCCAAGGAUAGAAACACAAAGUGGCUUCUGACUAAGGUGGCAGGAAUGUCUGGCACACAGACCCUUUGAUUUAGCUUCAGUGAAAGGCCCCAGACACCAGUUGUGCACGUUAGAAACUUGGCAGCCAUCCUUGACUCCACUGGCUCUCAUCCCUAAUAUCCAGUAACAAGUCACUCCUGCUGA